CCAACAGGUCACGUGAGACUGUGCGCCGCAGAUCGGCCCCGCCCUCCGCUUUGUGACUCACGAUCACGUGGUGUGUUGCGAACAAGGUUUACAAGAAUAAUCUCAGGAAUGAUCGGCUUUAUGUAUGAGGAGCAUUUGAUGGUUGUGGACCUGUGCUCAAUGGAGUUCAGAGGGACAGUGGGGUUUGUGGAGGGAUGUAUGGUUAAGUAAACCUACCGAAUGCUGGAAAGCCUGGAUACAGUGGACAUGGAGAGGAUGUUUCCAUUAGACGGAGAGUCUGUGAUCUGACAGCAUAGGCUCAGAAUAAAGACGCUUCCCUUUAAAAUUGAGUUAGACCUGCGGUGAGAGAUUUAUUGGUAUAAAAAACCCAACUGGAAGCAAACCACGACUGAAGAUGAGGGAACAUCAACAAGUGAACCAGCCCGAGGAUUGAGAGCAUCAACUGAAGAGAAUCCAUCUGACUCGGAGAUUCCAGUGAUUCAGUCAGGAGAAAGUUUGUUAGACCUGCGGUGAGAGAUUUAUUGGAAGAAAUACCCACAACUGGAAGCAAACCACGAAUGAAGAUGAGGGAGCAGCAGCAAGCGAACCAGCACGAGGACUGAGAGCACCGACUAGAGAGAAACCCUUUUGACUCAGGGUUUCCAUUGAUUCAGUCGGGAACAAGUCUGGGUACUUUUGAAGACCCUGAGCUGGAGUUACACCCUGACUUUGGUUCUUUGCAGGAAUUCAACCAGCUGUCAGUGUCACACAACUAUAUGAUAUGCCAAGAACAAGGCUUAGAAGACUACCUUGUCUUCAGGGUUCCAGGAUUUUGAGGCUCUGGAGGUGGAUGGACAAUUGUUAAAAACAACAAGGAAUUUGUCUAUGGGAAUUCAAACACAACACACCAGUUUUGCUGUCUCUGUCCAGAUAUUUUAGGAGUGGAGCAAGGGAUUCAAUCGACCAUCCUUCCUACUCAGACUGUGGAGAGGGAUUUGCUCAAUCAUCUGACCGACUGGCAUGCCCAUCAUCUUACACAUGGGAGAACCCACUCAGACAGUGGGAUUGGAUUCAGUUGGUCAUCACAACUGAAGGUACAUCAGCAAGUUCACACUGGGGCAAGGCCAUUCACCUGUUCUGUGUGUGAGAAGGGAUUCAGAAGGUCUUCCCACCUGUGGACACACCAGUCAGUUCACACUGGGCAGAGGCUGGUCAGCCGCUGAAGUUAUAGGGAAAGAUUCACUUGGUCAUCUGACCUAAUGGCUCACCAGCGAGUUCACACCAGGGAGCAGCUGUUCACCUGCAUGGACUGUGGGAAGGGAUUCACUUCUUCAUCUCAACUGAAGCUACAUCAGCGAAUUCACACUGGGGAGAAGCCGUUCACCUGCUCAGACUGUGGGAAGACAUUCACUCAGUCAGCCCACCUAAAGAGACACCAGAGUGUUCACACUGGAGAGAAGCCAUUCACCUGCUCAGUCUGUGAGAAGGGAUUCAUUCAAUCAUCUGACCUACAGAUACACCAGACAGUUCACACUGGGGAGAGGCCAUUCACCUGCUCAAUCUGUGGGAAGACAUUCAGUCAGUCAUCCUACCUACAAAGACACCAGCGAGUUCACACCGGGGAGAAGCCUUUCACCUGCUCAGAAUGUGGGAAGGGAUUCUCUCGAUCAUCCAAUCUACAGAGUCACCAGCGAGUUCACACUGGAGAGAGGCCAUUCAGCUGCCCACACUGUGGGAAGGGAUUCUCUCUGGCAUGUCACCUACUGAGACACCAGACAGUUCACACUGGAGAGAGGCCAUUCACCUGCUCAGACUGUGGGAAGGGAUUCAGUCAGUCAUCAAACCUAAUGGCUCACCGACGAAUUCACACUGGGGAGAGGCCGUUCACCUGCUCAGACUGUGGGAAGGGAUUUACUUGCUCAGCCCAACUGAAGAUACACCAGUCAGUUCACACUGGGGAGAGGCCAUUCACCUGCUCAGUCUGUGGGAAAGGAUUCACUUGCUCAUCUCACCGACUGAGACAUCAGUCAGUUCACAAUGCUGAGAGGCAGUUCAGCUGCUCAGAAUGUGGGAAGGGAUUCACUCGGUCAUCUUCCUUAUUGGCACACCAGCGAGUUCACACUGGGGAGAGACCAUUCACCUGCUGUAAAUGUGGGAAGGGAUCCCGCCGAUCAACUCAUGUACAGAGACACCAGCGAGAUCACACUGGGUAGAGGCUGAUCACCUGCUCAGACAUUGGGAAGAAUUUCUCUCAGACAUCUCCGCCAAAUGUGCAUCAUUGAGUUCACACUGUGAAGAGGCCGUUCACCUGCUGUGAAUGUGGGAAGGGAUUCACUCAGUAAUCUAACCUUGUGACACACUGCUGGGUUCACACUGGGGAGAAAGUUUUAGUAAGCUUCAUGCUGGAGAUUUGCCCAUCACCGUUGCGGAAUGCAAUUUCAAGAGUGACUGUCGGUGAUGAGCUCUGCAAUUAUUGAUGCUGCUCCCCACACCCAGUUCUGUACCCUGGUCACUGGGCAUGGCAGGAGUUUCUUCUGCUGCACAUUCACCUUUAAUAGGACUGGAGUUUAAUAUUGUGGGUCUGAGACAAAUAAUUAGUUCUAUUUUAAACUCUGUCUCCAGUACUUAGUGAAUUUAUAACACAGCUAGAGUACAGUAGAGUCAAUUCAGGCUGGUUGAACCCUGCCAGUGAUUCAGUUCUAUGACAGUCCUUUGAAAUCCUCCAAUUUCUGGGGUGAAGAGGAAUGACAUUGGCAGUUAACCCCCUUAUUCAGGGCUCAUUUCCACAUUAUAGGUCAUUUUCCCUGCUUCUAAAGGGUUGUUAGAAAACACCACUGUCCUGUAAAGGCUGAAAGCAGAAUGGGAAACCAUUAGUUCAACCAAGUGGGGUUAGAAACCAGAGGCUGGUCUGCACAGGGCAGAGUUUGGGGCUCUGGAUGAUGGUCGGGUUAAGACCGUAUGAUGAGGAGAAGGGAACCAGCAACGGGGCGGACAACGAAUGACAGAGUAGCAACAUUUGGAAGCUAAUUGACAGAGAUAAUAAUUCAAUUGUCUGACUGAUGACACAAAUAAUGCCUGUGGUGAGGUACUCCAUUGGUUGAGGAACUAGUGUGUUCAGAAUAGUUUUUUCUAUUGAGGGAGUUGUUCCUGCUUGCUUAUCCUGUAAUAUUAUAUCCAUUUGGUUAUUAUGGAUUGUCCUAUCUGCAAUAAUGUAUUGAUUAUCCUAUAGUUUGUAAGAUUUUGACUCUAAAACUGGAUCAGGCCUAAAUUCAUGGUGCUAUAAUGAAGUUAUGGUGGUCAUGAAUGGGUUUGUAUUUUAAAGCAAGAUUUUGGUGAAUGAUAUUUACCACCUGAUUGUACCUUUGUAAGUAAUCAGAUUGAGUUAAACUGCUGAUCCUGGAAUGUAUUGGAUUGUGUCUGGUUUCUCGUGGCAUUUUCUGCAUUUAUUGCAUUGUUUGUUUGUCUUUUAUGUAUUUCCGUUUAUUUUAAAAUGUAAUUCCCCAAGGCACCCCUUUUUCUGGGAAGAGGUCUCCAACUCAGAGUCGGGCGCUCGAUGCUUCCUUGUCACCAUCUGGUCUGCUCAGAUCAUUGGGAUGUCUCCCAUGGAGGGUCAUAUUCAUUCCACUGGUUAAUGUUUUCUUCCAUAGUGAUGAUUCAUUUUUCUGAGUUGGCCUUUCAUUUAAGUUUUCUGGUCUGUAUUUCAAAUCAGAUUUGUAUAUACCUGUCUGGUGUGCUGAAUCCUGUUUAUUUUGUAUGAAAAUGUAUACUUUAGAAAUCUUAUCAGACAUUUGAUUUUUUUAAAUGACUAUUAUAGCUCUUCCCAGUUCUGUCCUCGGUAAUUUUCAUCUAAGUGGUAAAUAGGGUUUUCUGAAUUUGUCAUUUCAGUUCUUGUUUUUCUUUGUGAAGUUUCCAGAUUGGAAUGGGACUAAGGUAUUUUGAAAAAAAUAAUACACUAAUAUGGAUAUAACAAACGUGCGAAUGGAUAGCAGACCACUGGAAAACGAGGCUGGAGGGGUAGUAAUGGGGAACGUGGAGCUGGCAGAUGAACUGAAUAAGUAUUUUACAUAAGUCUUCACUCCAGAAGACACGAGCAGGAUGAUAAAUGUCUAGAUGUCAGUGGUCAGAAUUAUGUAAAGUUACAUUACUCAUGAGAAGGUUCUUGGGAAGCAGAACGGUCUGAAGGUAAACAGGUCACCCGGAGUAGAUGGUGCACAUCUGAGAGUUCUGAAAGAGGUGGCUGAAAAGAUUCUGGAGGGAUUAGUAACAAUGCCUCAAGAAUCAGUGGGCUCUGGUAUGGUUCUGGAAGACUGGAAAUUUGGAAAUAUCACUCCACUCUUCAAGAAGGUAGAGAGGUAGAAGAUACAAGAUUAUGAGGCAGUUAGUCUGACCUCACUGUUUGGGAAGAUAUUGGAUUCGGAUGUUGAGGAUGUAUUUUCAGGGUAUUUGGGGCACAUGAUACAAUCAGCCAUUUUCAUCAUGUUGUCUUAAAGGGAGAAUCAUACUUGACAAGUAUGUUGACGUUCUUUGAAUUUAUUGAAGAAGUAAUAAGCAAGGUAGAUGGAGGGGAAUCAGUUGAUGAUAGGCACCUGGGCUUUCAGAAGGUACUUGACAA